GCCGUCGUCGUCGUCGUCGCCGUCGCCGUCGCCGUCGUCGUCGUCGUCGUCGUCGCCGUCGUCGUCGUCGUCGUCGUCGUCGUCGUCGUCACCAUCGCCGUCACCGCCACCGCCGCCGUUGUCGUCGUGGUCGUCAUUGUGGUCGCCGUUGUAUCGUCGUCUCCGGUGUAGCCAUAUUCUCGUGUGUGUUCUAGCGGUCCUGUAGAAGUACGCGCGCGCGCGCACUCUUUUUAUUCGGUGGAGGGGUGGCGUCGAUCUUUUCCUUGUCGAUAAGAAGAAAAAAAGGAAGAUCGGCAGAAGUGGCAAGGAAUAACGAGAAGGGCGAGUCACGUGUGUCUUUCUCGUGGUGUGUCAUGGGGUGCUUCGGCAGCCAAAGCAGUAAGGCCAGUCAGGAUGAUAGCAAGAACCAGAAAAGACGCUCGGAUGCCAUUACCAGGCAACUGCAGAAGGACAAGCAAGUCUAUCGAGCUACUCACAGGCUCCUCUUACUCGGAGCGGGAGAAUCUGGGAAAAGUACAAUCGUCAAACAGAUGAGGAUAUUGCAUGUCAACGGUUUCAGCGAAGCAGAGAAGCGGCAAAAAAUUGAGGACAUAAAGAAGAACAUCAGGGACGCAAUACUGACGAUAACCAGUGCUAUGAGCACGUUAACGCCGCCCGUGACGUUGGAGGAUCCUGCAAAUCAGAGUAGAGUCGACUAUAUCCUGGACGUCUCGUCUUCCCCAGACUUUGAUUAUCCUGCGGAGUUCUACGAAAUCGUCGAAACAUUAUGGAAAGAUCGAGGCGUUCAGCAAAGCUUCGAGAGGAGUAACGAGUACCAGCUCAUCGACUGCGCCAAAUAUUUUCUAGACAAAGUAGCUAUUGUAAAACAACCGGACUACACACCAACGGAGCAGGAUAUCCUGAGGUGUCGAGUCCUUACGUCCGGUAUCUUCGAAACCCGGUUUCAGGUGGACAAAGUAAACUUUCACAUGUUCGACGUUGGCGGACAACGGGACGAAAGGAGAAAAUGGAUACAAUGUUUCAAUGACGUAACGGCGAUCAUAUUUGUAACAGCAUGUAGUAGUUAUAAUAUGGUACUCAGGGAAGAUCCGACGAAAUUGAGACUCCGGGAAAGUCUCGAUCUCUUCAAAAGUAUUUGGAACAAUCGGUGGCUCCGCACAAUUUCCGUGAUUUUAUUUCUAAAUAAGCAAGAUCUCUUGGCGGAAAAAAUAAAGGCAGGAAAGCAUAAAUUGGAGGAUUAUUUUCCUGAGUUCUCUCGUUAUCAAACGCCAGUCGAACCUGGUGUAGUCACAGAUCCCUCGGAACCUCCUGAUGUCUUAAGGGCCAAGUACUUUAUCAGAGAUGAAUUUCUCCGUAUAAGCACAGCCAGCGGAGAUGGUAAACACUAUUGCUACCCACACUUCACCUGCGCCGUUGACACAGAAAAUAUCAAGAGAGUGUUCAACGAUUGUCGGGACAUCAUUCAGCGAAUGCACUUACGCCAGUACGAGCUCUUGUGACUUCAUUCCCGCCGACGUAUUGUCCUGUCGAGUAUUCGUCUUACUAUUAUGCUCUUGUUGUUCCACCACCAUGAGCCGUUUCGAGCCAUACGAGAGAAGCUGUAUUGCCAUUACGUCUCGUAUCGCUAAAAAUAUAUUCUCGUGCCGCAAAAUAUGGCAAAUCGUAUCGAUAGAACGUGAACGGAAUGAUCUCGUCGCACGCGAAAAAGUAUACACACAACGUCGAGAGAAGAAGAAGUAAGCCCUCUCAUUGAGUAAGAAACACUUUUUUCUCCGCUAUGGAAUUUAUGCUUCGUUAGUUUUCCCCAAAUGGAAUUUUCACGUUUCAUGGGAAAAAAUAACGGAUCUCCUAUACUGACGAAAAGUACGGAGGAAAGAAUUUUUCUCUCUCUGUGAGAUCAUUGUACGAGCCCUGACACAACGCGUGUAUCACGUCCUGCUCUCCACCUCCGAUCUUGCUAUCUUUUGCAAUAUAGACAUAUUUUGACACGUACUUUGACAUAUUCGGCUAAUUUUUUUCCUUUUUUUCUGUUUUUUUUUUCUUUCUUCUUUUUUAGAUUCGUGGAGAGUUUGAAUGGCUGAGCGGUCGUCUUUACACCGGCCGCUGAUAACUUGUGCAAUUCUAAUUAUUAUCUUGUUAAUAUUAUUUUUAUUACAUAUCAAUUCGUUGAUAAGAGCAAAGGGAAGAUAAGCGAGGACCGUGAUAUAUAUAUCCCCUAGAUUAUUAAUAUUUAUCACAAAUUGCAUGCGUUGUCCUCUGGAAAACGUAUGUUCUUCUUUCAAUACACUCUUUAUCUAAACGUUGCGGCUCAAUUUAACUGGUAAGAAUAUUCUUUAGGACUUCGGCCAUUUCUUCCUCUCUUUCCCUCUUUCUCUCCCUCCUUCGUUUUAAGGUAUAUAUUCUUUCGUAUCUUUCUUAGAAAGAGAAAACAAUCGAAUCCCUAGGAUCGCCGAGAUCUUCCCUCGGUUUCGAAUCUCUGUUUCUUUUUCUUUUUCUUUUUCUUUUUCUUUUUCUUUGUUUAUUUGUCAUUGUUGUCGUAUCUUACGAUUUUAUCAGAAUCUCCCCAUAUUUCUGGUAAUUGAUUUUCUACUUCUGAAUCUCAACUUUUAAUCGCAUCAGUCCGACCCAUAGGAGUCUCAUCUGCACCUUUUUACGAGAAGAGUAUUUUAUGAAAUUUUACAGUAUUUCGAAGAGCGUUUUAAUUAUAUCUAUAAACUAUGUAUCGAAUAUGUACAGGGUGACCGUCCAUGAAUUUAUCUUUUUUAUCUAUAUUUCCUAUGACAAGGAUUCCUCGUUAUAUGUCAUUUUCUACUGGUUUCCGUCAAAAGAUAAUUUUAUAAUGUGUACCUAGAUACAUAACGAUACUAAUAUAGCUAUUACGCGUGUAUCCAAAUUAAUGGAGCAAGUGCACCACGUUUAAGUUUCUUGUUAUACUAAUAUUACGUUCUCUCUUUGAACUUAGAAUGAGAAUACGUUGAUAGAUAAUAACAUACGUAAAUUUAAUUAUGAGAAGAAAAAGGUUCGUUUUAAAUUAAAUUGUCAGGAGAGAAUAUGUUCGUUAUCGCCCGGCGUAGCUUUUUAAAGAUAAUUUCUCUUUUGUUUACGCGUUUAUUUAUCUUUUCCUCCUACUAACUUUGAAAGAGUACGAGAGUUUGAGCCAAGUACCCUCUCUUAUGAAAUGUGACGAAAUUUGUGCUCUUCUUUUUGAUAUUUGGGACACCCUGUAUAUGAAAAAAAUUAUCCUACUUUUCUCAAUGAUUCCGACUACGUAUCUUUUCUUUAAAUAUUACAUAACGAGACGACAAACGGGUUUCUGGGCUGUUACGAAGAUCGUGCACGAUAUGAGAAAACAUCAUACGUAAAUCAGUGAUUUGACACGUUCGAAAAUGUUGAUAUUUCUUACGAUUAAAGACAGGCGGCUAACACUAAAAACGCGACAUUGGCACAGUUCUCUAGCUGCUCUUCUUCUUCUUCUUCUUCUUCUUCUUCUUCUUCUUCUUCUUCUUCUUCUUCUUCUUCUUCUUCUUCUUCUUCUUCUUCUUCUUUUUCUUCUUCUUCUUCUUCUUCUUCUUCUUCUUUUUCUUCUUACGUUUCUCCGUUUCUUUCUGGAUUGGGCACAAUGUGACAUUCUGUAUUUUAUAUUUUACUUUAUUGACUAUAAUUUUUUAUAUCAAUGAGUUUUCAAAAAUAUCACAUCUUUAUAAAAGAAUAGAAAAGAGUAAUAUGUCCAAUGUUUAUACAAAUAGUUUUUCUUAUAUAAUUAUAAUUCAUUUUUAAUCUUUUAGAAUAUUCAUAGAAUAUUCUUCUUUUUAAUGUAAAAGCCUUCACUAUGCCGUAUCAAGUAUUGUUUUUAAUCAAUUCGUCCUAGUCCUUUUUUAUUACGCAAUAAAAUGUAAACAACAAAAAAAUAAACGUCUCAGACAGUCGUGUACAAUAGGGAUCUAAAUAUGAAGACUAAUACUCGUAUUCUCGCGAGUACUUUAAGUAGUUUUAUUUCGUUUUUAAAUUCCUUCGUUUUCCAUAAUACUUUCGCUCGCCUCUGAAUGAUCGUUCCAAGCCUCUCUUUAGACUCAAGACUAAUAGAAUACAGAAGAGAAAGAAAUAAAAAAAGAAGGAAAGGAAAGGAAAGGAAAUUUGUCGGUAAAAAUGUUAGAGCGUUAAAAAGGAUACUCUAUAUAUGUAUAUGUGUUUACAUACAUAUAUACAUAUAUCCGCAUUAAAUGUAUUUUUGUGUAUCGAUAUUGAUGGGUGCGUUCACACAUAUUUAUGAGUACCUAUCGUACUAAAUACAUUAAGAAACAAGCCAUAAUCCGUACUUUUAUUUAUAUUUCUGUGAAGUAUUAUUUUUAUUCUAUUCGUUAAGGUACAUAGUGAUAAAAACGUGCAAAAGAAUAUGUGAGUUCGUUAUCAAAGAGGAAAAGAGAGAAGAGUUUGAUUUGUGAUUAUAAAUAUUCCAUAAACUUCCUCGAUAUAUAUAUAUAUAUAUAUAUAUAUAUAUAUAUAUAUAUAUAUAUAAUCAAUUCAAAUAACAAAUAAAUUCAAAAGAAUCUGUAUUUUAUGUAUAUCUGUCGUACGUUAGUAGUAUCGUCACAAGAGAAUUACUUGGUUCAUUGUUUAUAGACGUUGAAAAGAAAUCUCCCUGUUUUUUUAGAUAAGAGGAUGACUGAUAUCCAUGUAAAAUAAUUGAAUGCGAGUAAGAAAAGAAGUGUAUAAGUUUGUUUCAUUUAGUCGUGGUUCUUUCUCUCUCUUUCUCUUUCGUUUUCUCUUUCUCUCUUUCUGUUUCUUUUUCGUUCUUUUUUUCUCUCUUUCUGUUUCUCUUUCGUUCUUUUUUCUCUCUCUCUCUCUCUCUCUUUUUCUUUCUCUCUCUCUGGAUGCUUUUUAAAGAAGAAGAAAACAAAAAUAUAUACCGUUUAAAAAACGAUACAUUUUUUCAAACCUACUUCGAAAAAUGAGGAGACAUAAACACUUUCUCUUUUCUUAAGUAUAACCCUUCAUAGGAAUAUUAGUACAGAUGUAUAGAGAGAAAAAAGAAAAAAAAAAGAGAGAGAAUCGGAGAACUUUAACAGUGUGUAAUCGAAUAUUAAUCAGUCGUCUGGAAUAUCCGGCCGCUAUGUUAUGCCACACAAAGAUACUUGAUAUUGCUUUACAAACUAAUAAAGAAAAAAGAAAAAAAUUA